AUGGAGCGGCCGUACCAGGGCGGCAGCGCGGCGGCGUGCGCGGAGGAAGGCGGCAGGAAAGGCGAGACCUUUGACGACGCCGCCGCGGAGAACCUCCUGGCAAAGCUUCGUCUGAAGUUCCGGUCGGGCGAGACGCGGAGCUUGGCGUGGCGCGAGCAGCAGCUGCGCAAUGUGGUGCGCAUGGCGGAGGAGCACGAGGACGACAUGAUGGCGGCGCUCAAGGCGGAUCUAGGCCGCGGCCGCAUGGAGGCUCUCAUAGAGGUGCUGGGCGUGUGGAAGGCGGCGAGUCACAUGCUGAAGCACUUCAAGAAAUGGCUGCAACCGCACAAGGUGGGCACGCCGCUGUUGUUGAGGCCAGGGCGGUCAGAGGUGCUGUAUGAGCCGCUGGGCGUGGUGCUCAUCAUCUCGCCCUGGAACUUCCCCUUUCGUACGUCCCCUCCCCACCGCUUCUCCUUACAACUUCUCCACCGCUUCUCCUUACAACUCCCCCCUAUGGAGCACGUCCACUCCCAGCAUUCUCCUUCUCCCUCCCUCUCCUCUCUUCUCCUCUCCAUGUCUACCCCUCUCAGUGCUGUCUCUGGAGCCGCUAGUGGGAGCGCUAGAAGCGGGCAACGCAGCGGUGCUGAGGCCCUCAGAGGAGCUCUCAUGGUGCCAUCUCUCUCCGCUCUAUCUCGUGUGUGUUUCCAUCUCUCAGUGCUGUCUCUGGAGCCGCUAGUGGGAGCGCUAGAAGCGGGCAACGCAGCGGUGCUGAGGCCCUCAGAGGAGUUCUCAUGGUGCCAUCGCUCCUCUCCGCUCUAUCUCGUUGCUGUCUCUGGAGCCACUAGUGGGAGCGCUAGAAGCGGGCAACGCAGCGGUGCUGAGGCCCUCAGAGGAGCUCUCAUGGUGCCAUCUCUCCUCUCCGCUCUAUCUCGUGUGUGUUUCCAUCUCUCAGUGCUGUCUCUGGAGCCGCUAGUGGGGGCGCUAGCAGCGGGCAACGUGGCGGUGCUGAAGCCCUCAGAGCUCUCCCCCGCCUGCUCGCACCUGCUCUCGCGCCUCCUCCCCCUCUACCUCGACUCGCACGCCGUUCAGGCAGGUGCUAUCCACGCCAGUGCGCUCAGAGUGACACAAGGGGCGACGCGUGCACGUGCAGGCAGCAGCACAUCCCUGCGGUUCGCUCUCAUCCCCAACCCCCUUCUUCCCCAACCCCCUUCUUCCCCAACCCCCUUCUUCCCCAACCCCCUUCUUCCCCAACCCCCUUCUUCCCCAACCCCCUUCUUCCCCACCCCCCUUCUUCCCCAACCCCCUUCUUCCCCACCCCCCUUCUUCCCCAACCCCCUUCUUCCCCACCCCCCUUCUUCCCCAACCCCCCCCCCCUUGCCGCAGGUGGUGGAAGGCGGCCCAGAGACAGGCAAGGCGCUGCUGGGGCGGCGGUGGGAUAAAAUCUUCUUUACAGGUGGCACGGCACUGGGGCGCAUUUCCGCUGACCUGGAGGUGUGUGCUGCCGACCUGGAGGUGUGUGCUGCUGACCUGGAGGUGUGUGCUGCUGACCUGGAGGUGUGUGCUGCUGACCUGGAGGUGUGUGCUGCUGACCUGGAGGUGUCAGCAAGGCGGAUCGUAUCGGGCAAGUGCACGAACACGGGGCAGGUGUGCCUCCUGCCCGACUACAUUCUCGCCUCCAAGGACGUUGCUGCGCGGCUGCUGCCCCAUCUGAAGGCAGCCGUGGAGCAGUUUUACGGCAGCAACCCCGCUGGGUGCCCUGACCUCGCCCGCAUCAUCAACACCUCCCACCUGCUCCGCCUGCAGAGGCUUCUCGACCAUCCUGCUACCGCCUCCUGUGUCGUGCACGGGGGGCAGAGCGAUGUGGAAUCGAGGUACUUUGCCCCAACGCUGCUGCUCAACGUGCCCUGGGAUGCCCCCAUCAUGCAGUCCGAGAUCUUUGGGCCCAUCCUGGCCAUCCAAACAGUGUCAGGAGUGGACGAGGCCAUUGGAAUCGUCAACGCGCGCCCCAAGCUGCUCGUGGUGAUGGUCUUCACGUCCCGGGAGGACGUGCGGCAGCGCUUCCUCAAGGAGAGCAGCUCGGGGGCUGUCGUGGCCAAUGAGCUCAUCCUGCAG